AUGACUCAAACGAUAUACACUGACAUCGGUGGACUAACUAGUGAGAUUCGACACGAACUUGUUGAUCUCCCCUCCUGCACGCUGCAGGAAUCAUCAUUCCCCUUUUCUCUCCCAACAUUCCCCACUAUUGAAAGUUUCGAACAAAGCCGUGGAGACAUCUUCUCCCAGGAUUCUCCAACCUUUCAGACGACGAUCGAAGGUUCUUAUUACUUUUACCUGGCCGAAAUCUCACUGCGACGCUUACUCAACCGUACACGGACCGCAGCAACCAUGCUUUCACCCACUAUCGAUUCACCCACGGCCAGCAGGCUAGCCGACACGCUGCAAAACCUGGAACACCAGCUUCAGCAGUGGCUGGAGUGUCUCCCGCCAGUGCUGCGUUUCAAUCUCCCGCCGGAUGUCUUCCCUUCACCAGACGAAGGGGAACUCGUCAAGCUCGUAAGAGAAAGAUACGUUGAGGUCCGCGAGCUCCUUUGCCGGGCGUACCUGUACAUGUGCCUGCACGGUGGCACGCGACUCACUCCGGCGCAAAUCGAAUCAUUCGGAGCUCGCGCAUCAAACGGCCUGCGCCUCAGUAUAUAUCGGAUCCAGACCGAGGUCCCGUUCUUCCGCCACCCGGGCUCGUGGGGUGCGUGUCGCGUGCGUUUCAACCACGCACUGUGCCUGAUUGCAGCGGUGCGUGCGAAGGAGCUCAACAUCGAGUCCGCAGCCUGCGUGGUCGUGCCGAACCUGUGGAGGGACUGUGUCAGUAUGGUUCAGGACCGUCUGCAGGCUUGGAGCAACGAGGGCGGUGGCAUAUCUGAAAUGGGCAUUCUCUUGGACUGGCUGUUGAAAGGCCCUACAUAA